GUCUUCACGCAUUCAGUAGUCCUUGGUGCCGAGCGCAUCUGCCUCUGCGAUUAUGGCAGCCUCAGGUACGCCCCGCGACGUCCACGUCGUAGUUCUCACAGCAUCUCGACACAGUGAGACACAGGAAUAUCGGUCUCGGAGGGGGGACAGGUUGCUCAGCAUGCACAUAAAUGUUCAUCCCGGCCAUCCAUCCGAGCGCUCGAUUGCCUGUAUGCCGGCGAUACGAUCUGCCUGAGGGGAAUACGGGCGUCUCGCACUGUCUCGUUAUACCCGCUGGAGUAGAGAACAUAUCAGAUCUCCUCACCCUCAGGUCGUUGUGGCCCAGGGAGACACGCCUACCCCGUCAAUCCUCCUAUUGUCCCAGUAAACAGAAGAGAUGCGAACAUCGGUAUAACAUUGGAAAUGAUAGCGUCACUCAGUUUUCGAAGCGGCCUUAUUAUGUGCAGCAAAUAACUUGUUCUGAUGACUGCCAUCAGCCUUGUAAACGGAAAAAUCUCAACUGGAAGUCGCAAAUCUUUGUGGGGAGGGGCGAUCCCCUGGGCUGGGCGGAAACCGUUGAGAAGCAUUUGCCAGAGAGCGUCACCAGCAUACGCCCCCAGGAUAAGGCCAGGGGCUGUAAAGUUCGUGCCAGAUACACACUGAAGACUCCUUUGCCGAAAAGGCUUUUUAAUCCCGGGCAUCCGUUGGAUUUCUCAACUUCGUUCCAAUCGCGACUAGGAGCGAUAAGAUGAUCCUGACGGUCGCCCGCCUGGAAUGAUUCAGUCAGUAUACUCCUAGGCCCUUACUUUGUCGUGAGAGAUACAGGUCCACCCUCCGUCUCAUCAAGAGGGAUAUAAUCAACGAGUGUUGCGUGGUUGCGGAGCAUGAAUGACUUGGGGGCGGUGUGAGAAGGAGAAA